CCCGCGCUGACGGCCCCGUCCCCUCCAGCAGCAGUCGCCGAGGACCACAACAACUGCAGGAACCCGGACGGCGACACCGCGCCCUGGUGCUACAUCCGAGGCGCCGCCGGGGUGCCCGAACGGAGACCCUGCGACAUCGCCCAGUGCCCAGAUGCUACAGCUGCCACAGCCCCAGUCCCUACCGCAGAUGUGGGCACUUCUCAGGAGCCCGACCAGGUGUUUGAACCAGCUGAUUCCUUGCCCUCCCGGAGCGAGGCCGCGGCUGUGCAGCCCAUCGUUGGGAUCAGUCAGAGGGUGCAGGUGAACUCCAAAGAAAAGAAGGACCUAGGGACACUAGGGUAUGUGCUGGGGCUGAUCAUGAUGGUGAUAAUCAUCGCCAUUGGAGCUGGCAUUGUGCUGGGAUACAUCUAUAAGAGGGGGAAAGACCUGAAGGAAAAGCACGAACAGAAGGUUUAUGAGCGUGAAAUGCAGCGCAUCACGCUGCCGCUCUCAGCGUUCACCAACCCCGCCUGCGAGCUCGUGGAUGAGAACACAAUCGUGGUGCACACCAACCAGACGCCCGUGGAGGACACGCGUGACAGCAGCGGCCCGCUCAUGGGGCAGGCGGGUACUCCUGGUGCCUGAGCACAGGCACAGGCUGAGCAAAGCCUCCAGCUUCCCACUGUGAGUGCAGGGGUUGCGUGUGUUCAUUUCUGUUUUGUUUUCUUUUUGAUGAAAGCCAGAUGAAGGUGAUGCAGAGGGACAGAGCAGCGGGCUAUUCAUCACGAUCUGUUUGAGUGGCACCAUUCAGUGCAUGACCAGCUGGGACUGGUGUGGUGGACCCUGCUGCUUCCUCCCACCUAUCUCCAUGGUGUGCCAAGGAGCUGGGGGGGAUGAUGGGCCAGGCUCACAAGUGGCCACAGAUCCCAUAGCCCAGAGUGUGGUCUUGGCUUCCUUUUUUCCCCGUUCCUUUCCUAUUUAA